AUGUACAGAUCGGAGACUUGGGCAGCACCGCCUACGAUGAUGGACAGAUUUGAUUCUUUAUGCGUAAAUCGAUGUGGUGUACUGGCGGAUGACACAGUACAUCAACAUCUUGCACCACCAUCGAAAGUGCCUGCAGAAAGUCGUCUUCGCCUGAGGAAACUCAAUGUGGAUAAGCAGUUCAGAGCUAUGUUCAAGGAUGGCACACCUCGGCGAAGAUGCGGGUAA